AUGGAGCAAGCACGGUUUUCAGUUGUCACGGACAGACCAAUUGGCAUACCACCGACAAACGGACCCAGACUCGGAUCACUGAAACACUCAGACUCUCAAGUUGUCACUCCGGCAUUCAUGUUUUACACAAAAUGUGGAAGUGUGCCAUACAUAUCAAGAGAACUGUUUGAAAAAAUUGUACCUGAUGAUCAAGCGUUGUUCAAUUUUCCAUUACCAACAUGUCUGAGUUUCCUCCAACCACUGAAAGAGUAUAAACGCGGUCUUAUCUCGUUUGUUGGUCUUGAGAGAUACUUGUCAUGCUGCUCAAUAAUUGACUAUGCGGUGGAUACCCCACAAGGUUACAACAAAAAAGAUUGUGUUGCUAUAAAAACCAAAAGUGGAAAUCAAUUAAUUAACCAUGAAAAGUAUAUGGAUAUCAUAGAAGUAUUCAAACCCACUAUGUAUGUUACCCUAAGCAUUUCAGACAUUAAUUUGAAUAGUUCACUUUCAGCCAUUGAAAAGUCGGUUAAUAUCUCAAAUAGACUCUUUAAGAGUUGCCUGGAACGGCAUCAUCAAUCAGAAGUUCUAAAAGAAAGUGGUGUGAUUGCUCCAAUUCAAGGUGGUUAUAAUGUACAAGAAAGAAUUCGAUCAGCAUCAUUUUUAUCAGAAUAUCAUGACGAUGUUUUAGGAUUUCUAUUUGAUGGAUUUUUUACUGAUGGAACCAUUGUUGAAGAAAUCCCUAGUGAUCUUAUUCUACCCAUCAUCGAUAAAACAAUGGAAUUUAUCCCAUAUGAUAAAAUGAAAAUUAUAUUCGGUGCCUGGACUCCUAGUUUAAUAAUUGAUCUUAUAAACAGUGGAAUGGACAUGUUUGACUCAUCUCUACCAUACAUCACAACCAAACGCAAUUCAGCCUUAAUAUUUGAUUACAAUUUAAAAUAUAAAAAUGAUAGUAUUAUUAUGGACGUUUCUCAUCGUAAGACUGAUAAAAAUGUAGACAAUUUGAAUGAAUAUGAAAUAUGUUUAACAGAUACAAGCCAUUUUGAAAAAUUUGUGCCAAUAAAAGAUUCAUGUACGUGUUUGACCUGUAAGAAACAUACUAGAUCUUACAUUCAUCAUUUACUGGUCUCAAAUGAACUUCUAGGUUCCAUAUUAUUGACCAUACACAAUCUACAUUACUUUAAUCAAUUUUUCAAGGACAUACGUGAAGUAUUAAUGAAAUAA